GUGCGGGUUGUCUGUUUCUGUAUGCUGUAUGUUGUUCCGCCUUUGCUUGAGGUGAUCUAUAAAGCCACCGAACAACUUUGUCCCUUUCGCCCUUCUCCUUUUCUCUCAUCCUUUUAUUAUAUCUUUCUCUUCCUUCGGUCGGUUUUGGAUCUGUGUCAGUGUCGGUUCCAUAAUGGCAUCGCUACUAGAAGGCUCAGCUUUUGUGACGGGCGCUGCCUCUGGCAUUGGAGAACAGACAGCCUACGCCUUUGCCAAGUACGGCAUCACCAAGCUAGCCAUCACAGACGUCAACGUCCAAGGCCUCGAAGCCGUAACUACUAAGAUCCGCGAUCAAUGGCCCGGCGUCGAGGUCAUGGCCCUGGAGCUCGACGUCAGCAAGUCCGAGCAAGUCAAGACCGUGCUGUCGCAAAUCGUGGCGCGCUUCGGCCGGCUGGACGUUGCCGUCAACAACGCCGGCAUUACGGGCAAGGAGGGAAAAGUACACGAGCUGGAUGAGGCGGACUGGAGUAAGGUCCUCAGCAUCAACCUAAGCGGCGUUCAUUUCUGCCAGACAGAAGAGCUCCGCAUCAUGAAAGACCAAGAAGAUCUCGGCCCACGACGAGGACGGGGCGCCAUCAUCAACGUUUCGUCGCUAUACGGCCUCAUCAAGCCGCUUUAUCCCAUCUACUACACUGCCUACGCCGCCGCCAAGCACGGCGUCAUUGGCAUCACAAGAGCCGAUGCCGUUGCGUACUCGGGCUCCAACAUCCGCAUCAACGCCAUCUGCCCCGGCUACAUCGAGACGCCCAUGAUGGGCGGCGAUGCCUGGAGUAAGAUUGAGAACCACCCGCUGCACGCGCAUGUUGGGGAGACGCCCCUGCGCAGGCUAGGCCAGCCAGAGGAGAUUGCCGACGGCAUUGUGUUUCUGGCGUCGUCACUGAGUAGUUUUGUUAAUGGCUUUGGGCUGGCGGUUGACGGUGGGUAUAGCUGCGUGUGAGGGUAUUAUAUAUUGCUAGCUGGUGGUUUCAAAAGUACGGGAUGGGCUCUUAUAGGCGACACUCGAUGUGAUUAAUCCCUAGUACCCAACUUGAUGUGGACUGUAGGAUUCAGGAAUGGGAUUCUACAUACAUAUACGAGCAUAGAACACGUGUACCUAGGACAUCAACAUGCCUAAUUGGGUAUAUAUAAGAAUCCUAUCACCGUUUCUCCCCAUCUCUCUUAAUAAUAGAUGCACGCCGAUCUCAUCUCACCGAAUUGACUUUUGGCGUUCGUUACUUCUCAAGC